AUGAGUAGCGCGGUAGCGAACGCGGCUGCCACUGCUGUUUCCAAGGGUAAACGAAAAGGGAGCACCGUCGUGGCGGCGACUGCGAAGGCGGCUUCUGCCGCAGUUGCUAAGGGUAAAGGAAAAGGUAAAGGGAUGGGAAACUCCGUAGCGAAAACGUCCGCGGACGCGGUUUCCACGGCGGUCGGCAAAGGUAAAGAAAAGGGGAGCUCCGGCGCGAAAGCGUCCGCAAAGGCGGCUUCCGCCGCAGUUGCUAAGGGUAAAGGAAAAGUUCAAGAAAACGAAAGCUCCGUCGCGGAAGCGUCUGCAGAUGCGGUUUCCACGGCGGUCGACAAAGGUAAAGAAAAGGGAAGCUCCGUCGCGAAAGCGUCCGCAAAAGCGGCUUCCGCCGCUGUUGCUAAGGGUAAAGGAAAAGUUCAAGAAAAGGAAAGCUCCGCCGCGGAAGCGUCUGCAGACGCGGUUUCCACGGCUGUCGGCAAAGGUAAAGAAAAGGGAGGCUCCGUCGCGGCAACGGCCGCAGCCGCGGCUUCCGCUGCUGUCGGCAAAGGUAAAGAAAAGGGAAGCUCCGUCGCGGCAACGGCCGCAAGCGCGGCUUCCGCUGCUGUCGGCAAAGGUAAAGAAAAGGGAAGCUCCGUCGCGGCAACGGCCGCAAGCGCGGCUUCCGCUGCUGUCGGCAAAGGCAAAGAGAAGGGAAGCUCCGUCGCGGCAACGGCCGCAAGCGCGGUGGCAGCGGCAACGUCGGACGGUAAUAAGAAAUCCGGUAGCGACGACGACGAUGGCGACGACGACAACGGAAACGGGCGAUCCGAGUCGUCGGCGAACGCCGAGGCCGCGGCGGAAUCUAAAGGCGACGAGGGGAACGCCGACGCGUCGGCGGCCGCAAAAUCGUCAGCGAAAUCGCAAAAGAAAGAGAAAGAAUCGGACGAUUCAGCGGAGGACGGCAAUUCGGACGACGAAGAGUCUAAGAAAGCCGGGAAAGAGAAAUCGAACGCGACGGCAGACGCGAGCGCGUCGGCGAACUCAGCGAGCGACGGCAAAGAUUCGUCGGACGCGUCGGCCAACGCCAAGGCGUCCGCGGAUUCCUCCGGCAAAUCCGCAAAGAGCUCGGCAAAGGCCAGCGCGAAGGCGAAGUCCGGAAGCAAGAAGGGCGCAAAGAGCGAAGCCGCGGCGAGCGCGAAAUCCUCCGCGUCGACGGACGGCGAUGGCGAGGCGAAAGUGAGCGCGGAUGCCGCGGCAUCCGCGGCGGCGGACGCGAGUUAA